GCAUGGCUGGAUCCAGGUCUCAAAUAACAUCAUCAAUAAUCUGUCUUCAUUGUUUCGGUUCUGUUUUCCUCUGUGAUGGCUUCACUUUCAUUCUGGUAAAGAAACUCAACCCCCAUGGGAAAGCGAGCUUAUUCCCAACAGUUCCAGGGGAAAAGUUGCAAAACUCCCUUUAAUUUUCUUGGACUGCAUCCCAGGGUCAGUUUCUCAUUUAAUCACUGUGGCUCUGAUUACCCAGUCUUGGCAAGUGUAGGUUCUCAGAGCUAUUGUUUUGGGGCUCAAAGCAGUUUGAUGGCUAAGAAGUCAGGUCCUGGAAUUCUGAUGGACUUGGGCUCAGAUCUCAGGCAGGUCACUUACCAUCUGGGAGACUGGGGGCAAAUGACUUCAUCAUUCAGAGCCUCAGUUUUCUUAUAUGAAAAAUGAGGAGAGAGGAGAAGCCAGGUGAAUGUGGUGUUUGGGAUCCAAAUGGGGGAAAGACCCUUUUUGUUCCUGUAACCAAAGACCCCCAGUUGUUUUACCAAGGGUCUGGGGAAGGAUUCCGGGAGGAGACUGAGCUGCUGGAAAGGAUGCACAGGGCUCAGGUCUGGGUCUUUGCUCUGCAGGGUGCUUCCAUCUGGCCAUCUAGAAAGACUGUGAAUGGGGUCCUUUUUGUUUCUCUUCAGAUUCAGAGCUCAGAGGAAGGUCUUCUGUACACACAAAACCUGGCAAGCACCUAUGGGGAUGUGUGCUGCUGGUGGGUGGGUCCCUGGCAUGCAGUCAUCCGAAUCUUCCACCCCACCUGCAUCAAGCCUGUGCUCUUUGCUCCAGCUGCCAUUGCACCCAAGGACGCGGUCUUCUACAGCUUCUUGAAGCCCUGGCUGGGGGAUGGGCUCUUGCUGAGUGCUGGUGACAAAUGGAGCAGCCAUCGCCGCAUGCUGACACCCGCCUUCCACUUCAACAUCCUGAAGCACUAUGUGAAGAUUUUCAAUGACAGUGUAAAUGUCAUGCAUGCCAAGUGGAAACGCCUGGUCUCAGAGGGCAGCACCCGUCUGGACAUGUUUGAGCACAUCAGCCUCAUGACCCUGGACAGUCUGCAGAAAUGUGUCUUCAGUUUUGACAGCAAUUGCCAGGAGAAGCCUAGUGAAUAUAUUGCUGCCAUCUUAGAGCUCAGUGCCCUUGUGGCAAAACGGCACCAGCAGAUCUUCAUGCACAUGGACUUCCUGUACUACCUCACUUCAGAUGGGCAACGCUUCCGCAGAGCCUGCCGCCUGGUGCACAACUUCACAGAUGCUGUCAUCCAGGAACGGCGCCGCACUCUCCCCGAUGAGGGUGUUGAUGACUUCCUCAAGGCCAAGGCUAAGGCCAAGACUUUGGACUUCAUUGAUGUGCUCCUGCUGACCAAGGACAAAGAUGGAAAACAAUUGUCAGAUGAGGAUAUCCGAGCUGAAGCUGACACCUUCAUGUUUGGGGGCCAUGACACCACGGCCAGUGGUCUCUCCUGGGUCCUGUACAACCUUGCGAAGCACCCAGAGUAUCAGGAGCGCUGUCGGCAGGAGGUGCAAGAGCUCCUGAGGGACCGUGAGCCUAAAGAGAUUGAAUGGGACGACCUGGCCCAGUUGCCUUUCCUGACCAUGUGCAUCAAGGAGAGUCUGCGGUUGCACCCCCCGGUCACAGUCGUCUCCCGCUGCUGUACCCAGGACGUCGUGCUCCCAGAUGGCCGGGUCAUCCCCAAAGGUGUUAUCUGCCUCGUUAGUAUUUUCGGGACCCACCACAAUCCAUCCGUGUGGCCAGACCCUGAGGUAUACAAUCCUUUCCGCUUUGACCCAGAAAACAUCAAGGAAAGGUCUUCCCUGGCUUUUAUUCCCUUCUCCGCGGGGCCCAGGAACUGCAUCGGGCAGACGUUCGCCCUGACCGAGAUAAAGGUGGUCCUGGCGCUCACGCUGCUGCGCUUUCGGGUCCUGCCCGACAAGGAGGAGCCGCGCAGGAAGCCGGAGCUCAUCCUGCGCGCCGAGGGCGGGCUUUGGCUGCGGGUGGAGCCGCUGAGCGCGGGCCCCCAGUGACCCGCCAGCUCCCCCUGGCUUGGGAUCCACCCCGACCCUAUACACGCCCCCUGGCGGAUUCCCAGGACUAGAGCUGUGUGGUCUCCUCUGCUAGAGCGCCACUGACAGCCAGCAGGGGGCGCUCGGGACCUGCGGAACGCAGGGAGCGGUGGAGGGGUGGGAGU